AAUGUUCCAUACAUAGGUAAAUCCAAUGACGCAUUUAUCCUGUCAACUUCACGUGCUUAUGCCUCUAUUAUUCACGUGCGAUAAGCUUACAUUAUACAGAAAGUAGUUCAUUCAUGAUCGGACAGCUAUGGAACCUAACGCUUUCCUUGUCUGUUUCUUGACGGUGUGUCUUUUUGGGGGCAUUUUUGGAGAAUCGCCUACAGUUUAUAUCACGAAACAGUGUGGGAAGUCGGUAAACAUCAGUGAACAAAACUUCGUCGAACUCUCGCCAGCUACGAGACCCAGGAUUACCAAUACAACUUGUAGGCUGAAUCUCGCUCCAUUCAGCCCAAACAGCAAUGACUCGGGUCUGGUCCUGACCAUUGAGCACAUAGGACUGUCAAGUAAAACAUCAGGCGCAUGCCUCAAUAACAGAAUCAACAUAUAUGAUGGCACAGAAAAACUGAACAAACAGGAUAUAUGUGGAAGGUACUUAGAUCAACAAACUUUUGUAACCAAUAGUACAGCUCACCAUAUGAUGGGAAUAGAACUGAUAUCACGUGACUAUCAGCAAAGAGACAUCAGUUUAAAGGCAGUUGUCACUCCUUAUCACAAUGGUCCUUGCUUCUCUAAUGAGUUCCAAUGCGCUAACGGUCGCUGUAUCUCCGUGAAUCUCAUAUGUAACAAGCACGAUAAUUGUGGAGACCACAGCGACGAACUGAACAAGCUGUGUGGGUUGCUGUACCUGAGCGUCGCCGCCAUUGUGGGGAUCAUUCUGGCGGUACUGGCGGCCAUCAUUUGUAUCCCCUGUCUGUUCAUCGUGUUCUGUUGUAAGGGGAACAGAAGAAGGCGGGUCGUGUAUCAGAGGAUCUAGUAUAUUGGAUCUUUAUAUAAUAAACAAAGUGUGAUUAUGUUUUCUAUGAUUAUAUCCAACAAACAUUGUGAUUAUGUUUUUUUUUAUGAUUAUAUCCAACAAACAGAGUGUUAUUAUGUAAUCUAUGAUUACAUGUAUAUCCCGCAAACACAGUGUGAUUAUGUUAUCUAUGACUAGAAUAUUGGAUUUACACUGUACAUCCAACAGAGUGUGAUUAUGUUAUCUAUUAUAAAUUGUAAUAUUGGAUUUAUGUCCAAUAGAUAUGGACAUACGUCAUCCAUCAUUAGAAAAAACGGAUUAAAAUCCAGCAGAGUGUGAUUAGGAUAUCCAUGAUUUAUUUAGCAAAUCAGAUUUAUAUUCAACUUAAGCAUCGCAAAAUUUGCUUUUGUACUAUUUAAUUUGCGUUUUUUAUUGUUAUCAUGUAAUGUGUAGAUAAUACACUUUAAAAGUGUUUGUCGGAUCAAAUCAUCUUUGAUUUAUGAACAAAUUGAAAUGCCCUAUUCAACGUGAAUAUACUGUAAAAUUUUGAAUGUAAAUGUGUGACUCUUUGUUUUUGCUUUAUUAUAUGUGUGCCUAAAAUAUCAUUUUUGCAUAAUUUUGUAUAUGUAUUUCGAUGUUGUUUUAAGACAAAAUUUCUAGUUUCUCUGAUGUUUUCUGCAUUUUGCUUACAAAUAUUAUACAUAUUACACAUUUGAUAAUCAUACCUUUUUAAUGACGUCA